AUGUGUGAACGCGGAGCGAGUGAAAGAUUAAGACUCGAUGAAAUGACCCAAAUCGUUGUAGACAACCUCGUGGAGAACGAAGUGCUUUCAUAUCCGCUAGUUCUGAUUGAAGGUCGCUUAAUUGACCCGCCAGCUACCGAACAUCACUUCCUAAACGCUUGUAUAGACGACGUGCGCCCUACUCAGUGGCCAAUUACAGCUUCUGGGCACUUCAAAGCGUUUGUGCUUCUUCCAUCACCCGGAACAUUCGCUAUCACGUUGCAAAUAGAAAGUGUUGCUCAUUCCGUCUUAACCAUCGAGUACCGACCUCGAAUUACUCGCUACAUGAUUAGAUUCUACUACCAAAUCUGCUCGGACACCGACUCUGGCAACGGUUUUGAUGCCUCUCGUGGUGUUGACAAUUCUGCUGCUGUUGCCAUUAGAAAGGUUCGCUUUAAUGCAUUACUGCUUCAAAUGGCGACGGCUGAGCUCAUGUACGCGUCGGGCUUGCCCCGUAUGACCUUUGCGAUGCAAUUUGCACAUGAUGGACUGCCAGAUGUGACACUGCUACGUUGCAAAUUCACAAAUGCUCAUGCGCGUUCGGUCGAUGGCCAGGAGCUUAUAAAAUUGGUGCAAAAAGGUAUUCAAGAUGCAGGGCUAAAUGAUCAUUCUGAGCUGCAGUUUAAACACGCAGUAAUACUCGGGUGUUCGAAAUAUAACGUACAGAAGAGAAUAGCAGAGGGAUAUAUUGCACUUGGAGGGGAGAAGGUAGGGGUAUUUGGGUCGUGUGGACUGCACACGUGGCCGACACAUCUUGGUGAAUUAACGUCAUGCUGCUUGGACAAUACGCGGAUUGAUGAGCUAGAGCUAUGCUAUCGAGGUACGUACUGGGCAAACUUUUCCACAGGUAUAGGAGCCAUAUUGCAUGAGAUUGGUCAUACACUUGGUCUCGAACACUCAACGAGUGGCAUUAUGGCUCGUGGUUUUGAAGAUUUGCAUCGGCUUUUGUGUAUCUACGAAGCAGAUGCUUGUUCACCAAAAAUGAGUUUCUGGCAGUCUAAUGCUCACGGCUGGCUUAGCUUAAACUACAAUUCUUUACGUCAAGUCCACAACCGCGGGAGAGCCCUUUGGCAUGCUGCUUCAGCUCAAUUCCUUCGCCACUGCCCAUGGAUAUCAGGAUAUUCCAAGCCAUCACUUGUAGGACCUACUGUGAUCUGGAACAACUCGGUGCUUGGACCUGUCGGACUUGGACAGAACGAAGAUGAACUUGGUGCUGUGAUGAUCGAUGCUGACAAGUAUAUAAAUAAUUUAGAAACUCUGACGCGCGCUCAAGUGGCAGAAACUAUGCGCGCUGAGCCACUCCGUGCUACUGGUUACAAACACUGGUUCAUUCUUGCAAACGGUGAAUACAUAAAUAGUGUAAAUAUUCGUGCCAUGGCGUGGAUCGAUGGGCUUCAAUUGAACACGAAUCUGCGUUCUUCGCGUUGGUAUGGUGGCCUUGGUGGCAAUCUUCAUGUAUUCAAAGCUGCGAGAGCUUGGCAUGUCACUUCAUUUUUCGGAUCAAGAGGUGAUUUGCAUAUCGGUAGACUUGGCGUUCGCUGUCUGCCAACCCCAGCUUCAUCCCUGCUUCCUCGCUCGCUGGAGCCUAACGGAAUAAGCAGCUCAAUUAUGUCAUUUACUGUAGCAGGCAAAGCACUCGAGGAAGGUCCGAAAACGCCAUUUUUAACUGCUAUUCGCAAAAUUGGGGCCGUAGUCGUCAAGUGCACCGAUUUUGUCGAAUCCGUCAAGAUGAUAUCCAUAGAAGAAGCUGCACAAAAUGCGAAGGACUCAAAUAUUUAUAGUAUGAAUGAGCACGUUUUCCAGCUUUCUCCCAGUGAAAAGCUGCUUAAGCUCGAAGUUUCUUGUGGUCAUUGA